CUUUCAUUGCGUUGUUUCCCCAAUUUGCGUUCCAAUCUAAAUAUUUGGAGGCGGGGGAAACGAAAAGGAGAUACAAUGGAAUUCAGGUUGCGGAUGUCCAGAGAGGAAGAAAGCGCGUAUUGUCUUGGCAGGAAAGCAGCCAACAAUCACCCAUUACUCAAUUCCAGUGCUAGUUCUAUAACUCCCACUACCAUUAUCACCGGAGCUGCUUCCAAAUCUAAUUUCGCAGUUGACUCCUCUUUACAGUUUGAUGAUGCAGAAUCUGGGAAAAGGGUCUUCAUUGACCCUCUUAGUGAAUUUAUAUCGAAAUCUCCUCCUUCAGUUGCCAAGAAAUCAGAAAGGCUUUUGGAUAAGACAAUAAUACGAGGAGCCUCUGAUGAAGCUGUAGAAACUGCUUUGAAAGAAUGGAGUAUUUACAAGACACUCAUGAUGCAUAAGUAUACCUGUGCAAACACAAUUACUUUAUCUGCAACAUCUGAUUUCAUAGCCAAAAGCAUCAAAGCAGGAGGGAAAUCUUCAACAACUAUGCAUCUAGAAGAACUGGACAAUCCAGAGAAGAACGCAGAAGAAGAAGUUAAAAUUAUUUCACAACAAGAGUAUGUUAGGCGCCUGUGUGAGCUGAAUGAUGAAAUAGCUCAAGCUUGGCAACAAAAUGAACGUGUUAUUGCUCUCAGAUUGUCCAUUAAGGUUGCAAGGCUCUUGUCAGACACUUCAGUCCCUCAAUUUUAUCCCACCUUAUUUGUUUUGGUCACUGACAUAAUGGAUACAUUGGGAAGUCUGGUUUGGAAGCGCAUCAAAAUGAAGGCAGAAUUUGAUGACGAGGGAAAUUUGAUACGACCUUUACCACAAAACUUCACAUGCAAUGAUGUUCCAUAUGAGGCCAAAGACACAUGCAACAACUGGUUUUACAAGAUUGCUUCUAUCCAAGAACUUCUUCCACGCAUAUACCUUGAAAUGGCAAUUUUGCGUUGCUGGCACUUUCUUGAGGAAAAUCCAUUGCAUGUUUGCCAACGCUUAGCUAUGAUGAUUAGAGGCAUAGCAGAUCCUUUGUCAUCUGCAUUUGCUCGUUUAUACUUGGCGCGUGCUGCAAAAACAUUAAUUCCAUAUGAAACAGGAUUUUUGAUCACUAGUCUUGGUGACUAUACUGCAAUAUUUCAAAGGGUUCUUUCUGGGAAUCUAAGCAUCAAGUGGAUAAAAUCUUACAGUGAAAAGAAGAUGUAUGCUCGCUUGGUGCAACCUGUAAUUGAAUGGAUUGUAAAAUGCAUUUUCUAUCAUGCAGAUCAGGAGAAGACGAUUCAUCUUCUGAGAUGUUUUGGUAUUCAGAAAAAUGAUUGCAAUCAAAUUCAAAACAUUCAUCUACUUUCUGUUGGGGUGCAUUAUUUUCUGAAGCAGCUACCGGCAUCAGUUGUUAGUAAUUAUGCCAUGGUGCUACUUAAGCUUGUAGAAAACGCUGUGGACCAUUCAAUGGCCCAGUACAUGAAUUACAGGUUGCUUGGAUUCAAAUUAUGUGAGUGUGGACCUCCAAGAGAAUUUUGUCAUGCUAUCUUGAGUGAUGUGCUGGAGGUUAUCACACAAUAUUCAGAUCUAAAGGAGCAUUUGAUGGUUAUGGAUGUGUAUGUGGACUUCAUUCUUCAGAAUAGCAUGGAAAAUGAACUCGGCAUUGUUUUAGAUAAUAUUUUUGAUCACGUCAAAAGAACUGGGAUUAAUGAUACAGAGCUUGUGAGUUUAGAAUCAGUCAUUCUGAAGCUUAUUUCACAUUUCACUGACAUUACAUGCAUUCUUUCAUUGGAUCAUUUUGUGGACAUUUUGGAUGUUCUUUAUGGCAGCACACGUGUUUCUGUCUACAAGAAUAUUCUUAUUCAUAUCUCUAGGAAUAAUCAAACAGUUCAAGAUCCUGUUACAAGGAAGAUUCUCUUUGAUGUUUGCAAAGUUCUUCAUGAUUCAAUUGAUAGCUUGACCAGUGACGAUGAUUGUAGGCAGAUUGCCCAUCUUGUAACACGCUUUGUGCAGCUGGUUGAUUUUGCAGGAGAUUCAGAGAAACAUUUAUCUUUUCUUAUAGAUUGCCGUGCAACCUUUGGAAAAAUGGACCCGUUAAAGGAAGCCUUGUCACAUUCAAGCAAUUAUUUAGCUUCCAGAACAUCAAAAAUGGUAAAAGAAUAUCAUCAAAGGCAAGUCACUGAUUUUGUAAAAGCUUGUGUUUCCUUCAAUGAAGUUACCAUACCUUCUAUUAGAAGCAUUCUGAAGCGGUUACAUCUUUUUCUUGAAACUGCCGAGGUAGCAUUGCAGAAUGCACUUCUUUCACACACUGAAGGCCUACUGAAAACAGCAAUAAGCUGUUUGCAGGAGAUUCAAAAUAUAGAUGACCUCAAAGACAGAGAGUUGGGAGAAGGGAUUGUGGCAUUCAUUCAGAAAUUGUCAGCAUUCCUUAUUGUUCUUCCAGGGCACCCCACACAAGGAGCAUUUUAUCUGUUGAAAGGCCUCUUAACACUUUUGGACUCUCAACCAUGGUUGAUACCAGGAUUGACAAACAUCAGAGCAUUUUCUGCAAUUGUUUCUUUAACUGCGGCAUUAGCUCAGAAGGAGCUACCUUAUCAUGUUGGAAACAAAGAGGUUAUUAGCAAUGACGAGUUAUAUCACGGAGAAUCAUCCUACAAUGCAGAACUUGUGGCCAUUUCUAAUGUCUUAGUUCAAAAAAUCAUAGACAGCUUAAAUCAAGCACCCAACUCAUAUGCACGAGCAAAUCAAGCACUAGAUAUAUGCAACUUCUUACUCAUUUCCUUCAAGGCCAAUAGUGAAGUUGUAGAAUCUUGUACAAAUUUGAUUAAAAUUGCUGAAUCAUCAUCACAAGCAAAUACCAGAUAUUUACAAUUGACCACGGAAUUUUUAUAUAGAUGUACACAAUUCCAAAAGUGAAGACAAUAUAUUCAUUUGACUGUGAGAUAGCAUAGAAGCUAGAUUACUUGAUGGAAAUUCCAAUCACCAUAGUUUUUUUGUUGUUGAAAAAAUAGACUUAUAUCAAGAUCUAUACCGUGAUGAUUCUCUAAACAUCAUUGCUAUCUCUAGUUUUGGAAGUGAAGCAGCUUGACCAUAAACUUUGUUAACUUUGGCAAAAGCUAAAAUGACAUUAAUCUAAUAUAUCUUGUUCCA